AUGGCAGCACGCAAAGUGUAUCGCACCUUACGCAGGUCUAUCGGAUUCGAACCCCUCGCAAAUCAGCCCACUCGCGCUUUCCUCCAUGCCAAAGAGACAAGCGCACGAAGCAUCCUUCACCACACUAUGGCCCUCUGCCUCAGCUACUGCUUGACGGCGGAGAAGGGUGAGGUUUGGUACCUGGGUGCUUCACCCCAUUUGUUGACGACUGUUGCUUGCACCAUGAUGGAGUUACGAUCUUCCGCUCGGUUGCUCAAACUCGGCAUCUCGGGAGGGCCGAUGACGCGAACGUGUCAAUCGUGGUCAGCACACACUUCCUUCCUCGAAGUCUUUCUUGACAUCCAAGGUUACGAUGACGACGCAUACAAGGAACUUUACUCGGCUUGGAACUGUUUGAUAUGCUGCGAGGUAUGCAGCAAAUUGAAGGCAGCAUCCGCAGUGUCCCAAGGCCGUAGCACGUCGCAUGAUUGA